AUGGACGACGGAGACUUGGAUACGAGGUCCAAAAUCCUGCAAACAACCUUGGCUGAGAUCUCUUCUCGUCAAGAAAACAAUGAUUCCGAAGAGAACUGCUGUGUUAUUUGCCUCGAAAGAAUCACCGAGUUAGCCAUCGCCCAGCCCUGCAAGCAUGAAAGUUUCGAUUUCCUCUGCUUGAUCAGUUGGCUUCAGGAACGGGCUACAUGUCCACUAUGUAAGGCAGAAGUUGAGACCGUUCAGUACGAGUUCAGGGAAGACAGAAACUUCAAGACUUAUAAUGUCCCAGCUACGAAAGCUGCUCAGCCGCCACCUUCAGAUACCUCGAGACUCAGCUUGGACCCUCGGUCGAGAAGACCGUAUCAUUCCAGACGACCAUAUGAAACUCCACGAUUUCUGCCGACUCCAGAUGAAGCCGUACUGAGACGCCGCCACAUAUACCGAAAUCAACUAUACUCUCUUCAUGUUGGAUCGAAUCGCCUCUCGAGGUUCAGAGACUUGACUCCGCAACUAUUCAAUAGAGAUGAGGAGCUGGUAUCUCGAGCACGGAAAUGGAUACGCAGAGAACUACAAGUCUUUGAGUUCUUAAGUCCUGAUGGGCCUUCAUCCUUAGACCGCAGAGCGAACAAUGCUGAGUUCUUGCUGGAAUAUAUCGUGGCGAUUUUAAAGACAUUGGAUAUUCAAGCCAGUGGUGGUCAGGCGGAACAUAUGCUGCAAGAUUUCUUGGGAAGGGAGAACACAAGACUAUUUCUUCAUGAAAUGAGAGCCUGGCUAAGAAGUCCGUAUACCUCUCUAGAAGACUGGGAUCGAAAGGUCCAGUACAACGAAGGCCGUAGUGGAAAGGAGUCAGAGAUUUCCACGCCAAAUCAAGAAAUGAGGGGAAGAGGAUACAGGGGCGUUGGACGCCCUUCACACCAACCUCGAGAUGGCGGACGGUAUUCUCCUUAUAGUCGUCCUAGCCAGACAAGACCGGAUGGUUGA